AUGACAUCUCAAGCCAUCCAAACCCGCUCCCUCUACCGCCGCUUCCUGCGAGAGCUCCCCAUCCGCACCCCCUCCAUCCUGGCCAACCCAUCACCAAUCCAACAACACGUCCGCGCCGACUUCUCCAGCCAGUCCAGCACACCAUUACCAUCACUGGGCCAUCAAACCGCAAAGGUAGCAGAACGAAGACUACAGGAAGCCGAACAGUAUCUCCACUACCUCAAAGCUCAAAGGCAGUACAUCACGCUGAUCGAACGAUACAAUCCUGGUAUGAAUAUGGCGGAGGAGGACCGUGUACGGUUGACGGCUAGAAGGGUGGGCAUGGAUCUGCCUGUUGAAUUUGCGGCGGGUGAGAAGAAGGAGUGA